CGUGUGCCUGCCUGUCUUCUGAACUUCUACAGCUGAGGAUUUGCGGCUCGGAUCAACUCAACGGGAAGUUUUUUUUUCUCUCUAUACAGAGGAGACUAAUUAAAACGCUUCUGCUUGAAUUUAUCCACAUACACAAAUAAAGGAGGAAUAUUAUGCAAAUUAGUGUGUAGUGAUGUUCUUGUCGGAUUUCGGAUGCGCAUCUUCGUCGUGCCAGCGGUAGAGAUGCGGAUGAAUGGGAAGUUUAACUUUUGCUGAGUGAAUCCACGCGUCCACGCGUCUGGAGGAGUUUUUGCAAAUUGGAGAGUUGGUUAGAAUUGAAUUAGAUUUGUCAUCUUUUUUUUUUUUUUUUUUUUUUUUUUUUUUUGUUGUUGUUUUUUUUUGGGAACGUGACCGAUUUUGGAGCAAGCCCCGGAUAUUUUGAUACUAUUUCCCCCUGUCUCCUCGCGUUUCCGAGUUUCCCGCGAGCCUCCGCUGCGGGUACGAUGGCACCGGCUGCGCGCGAGAAGCGCCCGGCGCUCCAGCGCGGCUCCUUAUUGGCUCUGCUGUGCGGCUUGCUGUGCCUGGUCGCGGCGCGCGCGUGUCCGCACAAGUGCAGCUGCUCGGGCUCACACGUGGACUGCCAGGCGCAGGGCUUCAAGAGUGUACCGAGGGGCAUCCCGAGAAACACCGAGCGUCUAGACCUGGACAGGAAUAACAUCACUCGGAUCACCAAGGUGGACUUUUCCGGACUCAAAAACCUCCGUGUUCUGCAUUUGGAGAACAAUCAGAUCAGUGUGAUUGAAAGAGGAGCGUUCCAGGACCUCAAACAGCUGGAGAGGCUGCGUCUGAACCGGAACCGGCUGCAGGUUCUGCCGGAGCUGCUAUUCCAGUCCACACCCAAGCUGGGCCGCCUGGACCUGAGUGAGAAUCAGAUUCAGGCCGUACCUCGCAAGGCUUUCCGUGGAAUCACCACUGUCAAGAACCUGCAACUGGACAGCAACCACAUCAGCUGCAUUGAAGAUGGAGCCUUCCGAGCCCUGCGCGAUCUGGAGAUACUCACUCUCAACAACAACAACAUCACCCUCAUUCCGCUGUCCAGCUUCAACCACAUGCCCAAGCUGCGGACUCUCCGUCUGCACUCUAACAACCUGCACUGUGACUGCCACCUGUCAUGGCUCUCUGAUUGGCUGCGGCAGAGGCGGGGCCUGGCCCCCUUCACCCAAUGCAUGUCCCCCACCCACAUGAGAGGCCUCAACGUCCCUGAUGUGCAGAAACGAGAAUUCGUUUGUACAGGCCCUACUCAGUCAGAGCCGAGGUCUUGUGCUCCCCAAGCGUCCAUCUGUCCUGCCAGCUGCACCUGCAACAACAACAUCGUGGACUGCAGGAGAAAAGGCCUUACUGAAAUCCCAGCCAAUCUGCCUGAGGGCAUCGUAGAAAUUCGCCUAGAACAAAACCUGAUUAAGAGCAUUCCACCUGGGGCCUUCUCUCCAUAUAAGAAGCUGAAAAGAAUAGAUCUGAGCAAGAAUCAGAUUUCAGACAUUGCUGAUGACGCCUUCAGCGGCCUCCGCUCCCUCACCUCACUGGUGCUGUAUGGGAACAAAAUUGCUGAGAUCCCCAAAGGCUUGUUUGAUGGCCUUGUCUCCCUGCAACUGCUGCUGCUUAACGCCAACAAGAUCAACUGCCUGAGGGUGAACACGUUCAAAGACCUGCAGAGUCUCAAUCUGCUCUCUCUCUAUGACAACAAGCUGCAGACCAUCAGCAAAGGACUGUUCACCCCGCUGCGCUCCAUCAAGACCCUACAUCUUGCUCAGAACCCCUUCAUGUGUGACUGCCACCUGAAGUGGCUGGCUGACUACCUGUUUGACAACCCCAUCGAGACAAGCGGGGCGCGCUGCAGCCACCCGCGCCGCCUCGCCAACAAGCGCAUCAGUCAGAUCAAGGGCAAGAAGUUCCGCUGCACAGGUUCAGAGGACUAUCGCAGUCGUCUAACAGGCGAGUGUUUUCAGGACCUGGUGUGCCCUGAACGCUGUCGCUGUGAGGGUACCGUGGUGGAUUGUUCCAACCUCAAACUCACCAGCAUCCCUCCUCACCUUCCUGAACACACCACUGAUCUGCGCCUGAACGACAAUGAAAUCUCAUCGUUGGACGCCAUGGGGGCCUUUAAGAAGCUACCAAACCUUCGGAAGAUAAACCUGAGUAACAAUAAGCUGCGGGAGAUUCGGGAGGGUGUGUUCGAUGGCUCUGGAGGUGUCCUUGAGCUCCUACUCACUGGAAACAAGCUUCAGGCUGUCCAAGGGCGCAUGUUCAGAGGCCUGAGUGGCCUCAAAACCCUGAUGCUGAGAAGCAACCAGAUCACCUGUGUGGACAACACCACCUUCACGGGCCUCAGCUCCGUACGUCUGCUGUCUCUCUACGAUAACCGCAUCUCCACUAUCGUCCCGGGAGCCUUCUCCACCCUGCACUCCCUCUCUACCAUUAACCUGCUGUCCAACCCGUAUGUGUGUGACUGUCACUUGGCAUGGCUGGGCCAGUGGCUGAAGAAAACCAGGGUGGUGAGUGGAAACCCCAGAUGCCAGAAGCCUGCCUUCCUGAAGGAAAUCCCCAUACAGGACGUGGCUACGCCUGACUUCACCUGUGAUGGUAUAGAGGAGAAUGUCUGUUUGCCAUCAGUCCCUCGCUGUCCAGAUGCUUGCACAUGCUCAGAUACAGUGGUGCGCUGCAGUAACCGCGGACUUCGCUCUCUGCCCAAGGGCAUCCCCAAGGACACCACAGAGCUGUAUCUGGAAGGAAACCUGCUCACCUCAGUGCCCAAGGAGCUGAGCAAUCUGAAACAACUACUGCUUGUAGACCUGAGUAACAACAGUAUCAGCUCUCUGACUCCUUUCAUCUUCAGCAAUAUGACUCAGCUCUCCACACUCAUCCUGAGUUAUAAUCAGAUCCGCUGUGUACCGGUGCAUGCGUUCGAUGGACUGCGCUCACUCCGUCUGCUGACUCUCCACGGAAACGACCUUUCAACUAUUCCAGAGGGAGCCUUCAACCACUUGACGUCUCUGUCUCAUCUGGCUCUGGGUGCAAACCCACUAUAUUGUGAUUGUGAGCUUCGCUGGCUCUCACAGUGGGUUAAAGCUGGUUUUAAGGAGCCUGGCAUUGCUCGCUGUACUGGACCACCUGAUAUGGCUGACCGCCUGCUUCUGACCACGCCCCUCAAUCGCUUCCAGUGCAAUGGUCCUGUUGAUCUGAAUAUGAUGUCCAAGUGCGCCCCCUGCCUGGCCAACCCAUGCCAGAACAACGGCACGUGCGUUAGUGAUGUCACAGGCUCCUAUCACUGCACCUGUCCCUUUGGCUACAAGGGACGGAACUGUGAGAUCCCCAUGAAUGCCUGCCUGAGUCAACCCUGUGUCAACGGGGGCACGUGUCACCUCUCACCCGGUCAGGAUGGUCACUACAGCUGUGUGUGUCUGCCUGGUUUCGAGGGCGAGCGGUGUGAGGUGAACCCCGAUGAUUGCGAAGACAAUGACUGUGAGAAUAACUCCACUUGCGUGGACGGCAUCAACAACUACACCUGCGUCUGCCCUUCCAACUACAGAGGAGACCUGUGUGAAGAGGUAGUGGACCCCUGCCUGCCUGGGUUUGACCCCUGCCAGCACGACUCCAAGUGUGUGCCUCUCAGUAAGGGCUACAGGUGUGAGUGUUUGCCAGGCUAUGUGGGGCAGCACUGUGAGCAGGACUACAAUGACUGUCUGGAGAACAAGUGUCAGCAUGGGGCCGAGUGUGUGGAUGCCAUCAACGGUUACACAUGUGUCUGCAAGGAUGGUUUCAGUGGGCUAUUCUGUGAAAACCCUCCUCCCAUGAUCCUGCUCCAGAAGACCAGUCCAUGUGAUCAGUCAGACUGUCAGAACGGAGCUCAGUGUCUUCUGAUCGAGGGUGAACCUGUGUGUCGCUGUCUGCCCAGCUUCUUCGGCAACAAGUGCCAGAAGAUGCUUACCGCACACUUCCUCGGGAAAGACACAUACAUAGAGCUACCCGGGUCUUCUAUCCGUCCUUCCACUCAUAUAUCUCUGCAGGUGGCUACUGAUAAGGACAAUGGCAUGCUGUUUUAUAAGGAGGAUCAUGACCCUUUGGCUGUGGAGCUGUAUCAAGGCCACAUUCGACUGAUGUAUGACAUCACCAAGUACCCUCCUACAACUGUGUACAGUGUGGAAUCAGUAAACGACGGACUCUUCCACACGGUGGAAUUAUUAAUCCAGAAUCAAACUUUGAGUCUGGUGGUGGAUAAAGGAGCUCCUAAGAGUCUGGGCAAACUGGCACGGCCGCCCUCAGUGGAGCCCAACACCCAUCUUUACAUCGGAGGCGUGCCCUCUGCGAUCGGCUCCUCUGGCCUGCGUAUGGGAGUUGAGCGCACCUCCCAGUCCUUCAACGGCUGCAUCCAUAAUGUUCGCAUCAACGGUGAGCUGCAGGAGCUGAGCACCGGGCUGACGGGCACAGAGGGCGUCCUGCCUGGCUGCCACUCGUGCAGUGUGUGUGCACAGGGGCCGUGCAGGCAGAGGGGCAAGGCGGGCGUGACCUGUGAGUGUCCUGCCAGCAGCAGCGGCCCGCUGUGUGAGCAACAGAGCUACUCCAACCCCUGUCAGUCCAGCAGGUGUGUUCAUGGCCUGUGUGUGCCUAAGGGUUCGUCCUACAGCUGUAAGUGUACACAGGGUUACGUGGGUCAAUACUGUGAGAGGAGAGAGGAGCCAGCUGCCUGCAGGGGGCACCACUGUGUGCAUGGGGAAUGCAGAGUGGACGAGAGUGGAGAUCCUGCAUGCCAGUGCCAGCCUGGAUACACAGGCAGCACCUGUGACACCGAGCUGACGUGUCAGGGCGAGAUGGUGCGUGAGCUGAUCAAGCAUCACAUAGGCCAGAAGACAUGCACAUCCACAAGUAAGGUCCCCCGGGUGGAGUGUCCACGCUCAUGUCACCCGGGACUCUGCUGCGCCCCCACCAAGAGCCGCAGACGGAAAGUCAGCUUCAAGUGCUCAGACGGCACCUCCUUCUCCGAAGAGAUGGAGACGACCUUGGAGUGCGGCUGCUCGAAAUGCCCUUCAUAAUGAUCACCUUCCCCGUCCCCCCCAUUUCACAUGGAGCCAGAGGGAAAGAAGAAAAUAUAUUGUACAUUUAAAAAAAACAAAUAGAACUUAUUUUUAUUAAGGGAUUUUUUUAAAGAGACUGUUUUUAUGAUGUUUCUUGUAUGUGUGAUAUAAAAGUUAUUUUGUAUCCGUGAAAAAAACACACACAGCAGAUUAACAUUCCUGAAAGUAUAUGAAUUUUAUAUAAAUAAAUAUAUAUGAAUGUGUGUGUAUCUAUAUAAAUGUACAACCUAACCUGAGGAUUAAUACAGUGUGUAUUGCAUGUCUGAGUGAGUGUGAGAGGGAUUUUUAGGACACUGAGCAGGUGUAAUAUUAAAAAGCCUAUAAUGCCAGUCAAGAAGAGCAUGAGGAACCUCAAACUCUCAUCGACAUGAAGAGGACCGCUACGCUGGUGAAACAGGAACUGUGCCUUGUACCCAGCCUGCAUUGUGAUAGACUAAAGGACUCAUUACCAAAAUCCAGAGCUGAAGGAAUUGAACUGUUUAUCUCUAGAGCUCUGAAAUGGUCGUGUUACAUGCAGUUGUUCCUGAUUGAUUUUUUUUGUUUGUUUUUGUUUUUUAAUUUGUCUAUUAUCCAUCAGAGAGAAGAGCAGAAUGGAUCACAGAGCUAAACAUAUCUCCCCAUAUUUCUCACAUGACUGCAUGGAAGCAUAUUGGACUGAAUGUGAACUCAUGCUGUGGUCCAGCAGUGAGGCUCCGGUCACUGGUGAUGUCUUGCGCCUUUUUUUUUUUUGUACUAAAUAUUCACGAAAACACAGCCACGUCUGAGCUCUGUUGGAAAGCUCUCCAUGUUGAUGCAGUAUUCUGUCAUAACCUUACUAAUAUUAAACAUGAAUAUGUUACGCCCAUUACUACUGUAUUUUGUAUCAUAUAGCCAUUGUUUUACAAGGAAGGCUUUUUACAGAUGUCUAUCUCAGAGAGAGAGUAAACAUGAAUUUCUUCAAAGUAAAUCAAUCAGUGUUAAACCCAAAUACAAUCAGUGUAUCCUCAAGAACAAAGCAUUAGGUAAUUAUAAGUACAUUUCCCAGUGUACAACAUAAAUGAUGUGAUGUAUGACGAAUUAUAUUAAUACCUGUAAAGAUAAAGAUGGUGUAACUAAUAGAAGAUCAUUUCUGGUUGAAUAUGAACUAGAGAGUGAUGAAUAAUGUACUAUGAAUGUUGAAUUAAAACUUCUAAUGAAACAGUUAA